AUGGACAGCCUGUCGUUGGAAAGCCUGUCGUUGGAGCUCUUACAGGAGAUAUUCAAACUUGCCUGUCUGGAUGAUGGCACUACCGGACGUUCGCUAUCUCAGGUGUCACAUUGGAUCCGAACAGCUUCUGAGCGGUACCGAUACCAGAGUCUCGUUCUUCGGGAGCGGGAGCAGAUUGCGCCUUUCCUAGAAAUCUUCAAGAGUGCGGCGCCCGCGAAGAAACCGGUCGUACGGCAUCUAUGUGUGUCCUUUGGGAUGGAGGACGAAGCCAGAGAUGCCCGCGCCUACGUGCAGUCGUUUUCGGGCUCGUGGGUAUUCCGAACCCGGCAGUGGAUCGACCACGAGGAGGACGCCGAGCUGUUACGGGAGCUGGUCUCCCUAGUCGCACCUACAUUGGUGUCCGCUUCAAGCCCUGUGGACAUCUGA